GGAUUCAUCCCUGCCAAUCAAGUGCCUUCAAGUGCUCAAAUUGUUUGUACAUAAUUAAUCGCGAGGCGGUGCUCAGCAGGAUAUAUAAUGAGAGUAUAUUCAGCCUGGAAAUACACUUCACAUCAUUCCUUAGCUCGAUCGAAACGAGAGAGGACACGAAAGAUACCUUAACUUGUAUCAGCAUUUUUAUCUAUUUUAGUCAACGGAUAUUUACAUUUAAUAUCAAUAUGAAGGCUCAGAUGAAGGAAACCAUCGCUGCAGAACACCCAGCCCUGAACACAUUGAAGGCAAAAAUUACUAAGGAGAAAAAUAACGAUGCCGCUGCGGAAAUUCAAGCCUGCUUCGCGAAGUUGAAGGAUUUAGUACCAACAGUCCCACAGAAUAAGAAAGUGUCAAAGGUGGCGUUGAUUCAACACGUUAUUGACUAUAUUAUGGACUUGGAGUCCGCGCUGGACUAUCACCCAAUGAUGAAUUUGGCAACUUUAUCGUCAUUGACCUCUGGUCUCUCCAGACCCCCUCUAAUAGAGAGCUCACAGCUCAACAAACAGGAAUCUAGCUACACUGAAGAAAUGGAAGCUUCUGAUGCUGAUAGCUGUGAAUCUCGGCCCCCGUCUUGCUGACUCUACACGAUCAAGAUCAAGAAUCGUUUAACUUACUGAUAAAACCACCCAAUUUAGUGUCUCCGUGAAGAUACAAACACACUAUCGCGCUGGCAGCUGCUGACUGAUACUGACACCUGGCGACAGCGGUGAUGGUCUUUUUUGGGCUCCCAAUCAGCAAAAUGAUACGCAACGCCAUGGGACAUGGCAGACAAACCAACUAAACAUAGGUGCCAGGACCAAAGAACAAUGAGACAAAAUAAAUUUCCGUCUCCCCGCACGACGCCAGUGUUUUUGACGAUCAUGAAUCAAAUGGUGCUAAAGCUGUGUACAGCACCUGACACCCAGAGCCCGGCUAUGGAGAGUAGCGUGUGGCGCCAAGGUGCUCGACAGCAAACAUUACAACUCAGGGAUUUAAUCAUCACGGGACAACGCACGAGAGAAACCUCCAACCACCUUGUGUCAAAGCAAGGGUUUGAAAGGAAAACUGAAAACGUGACUAACUUUUGAUAUCUUUUUGUUGUAUGCACGUGAAGUUGGACGUUGAGUCCCGUUUUGUAGAUUUUUAUUUUCUUUCGACAUCUUGUAAAAAUCACCCAUGUACUUUAAGUAAUAAUUUGGGGCUAUAGCUAGAUAUAUGUGACCGGCUCACAUAGUGUAUUGUAACAUUCGGUCGUUGUCUAUUGAUUUGACGGCUUCAUCCUCAUCCCAUUAUCAUGACACGGUGACAGCUUGAAUGUAAUCGACAUGAAGCCAUUUCUCAUUAAUUGUUCCACGAAAUCGAUCCUCGAUGGUCGUAUAUAACCACAGCAAACAUCUGUUAUGUGGUAAACCUGCUUUUACAUUGGGUUAUACUAAUUAAUUGAUAAGCUAUUAGUUUAUUCUUUCCAAGUAGACCAUAUGGUUCCAGCUGAUUAGUGCGUUCAGUUGAUUAAUUUAGACGUCAUUACACAUCCUAUUAAACGGCGUUCACCCAAGUCAUAACGAGAAUAUUUUUCAGUUUAUCAAACAGUUCAUUUCUCUUCAUUUUCGCAUCAUUUUACGCAUUUUAUGCCAUGACUUAUUCAGAAUGAGUCUUAACACUGAUGUACAAUUAAGUUUUUUUUAAGUUUUAAAUUUUGUACAAUUUUGAGAUCCCCUAAGGGGUUGCUAGUCCGACUGUACACGUAACUUCGCACAGAUGUGCUGGUAUUGGACUGUGCCGAAAUCAAAUAUGAUUUUUUUCUUGAUGAUGUCAAUAGAAUAAGUCUAUAAAAAUAAAAAAUAAUGAAUCAUA